AUGAUCUAAAUGCAAAUCCAUUUUGUAUAUAAAUUGUAUUAAGUCCAUCAACAUUCUAAUUUGUUGCCAACCCCAUCCUUUCAUUUGUAAAUUUAUUCAUUAAGUUUUCAAAAUAUAGAGUUAAAUUAUACUAUAAAAAAAAAGCAAAAUUAUGGAUUUACUUAAUCAAGUGCAACUGCUCAGUCUGCAACUUCAAUGAUAUUCUGCUUUAAUGGAGUUUCUUCAGCACCAUUUACUUUAGGUGCAGAUAUUCUAACUAUUAAAAGCUUAAUAAAUCCUAAUUACUCUGGGAAUUAUAACUUUUAAUUGCAAACAACAAAUGCAUAAGGAAUUGCUUAUAAAUAAGAUCAUGAUUUUUAUGGAUUUCUUAAUACUCGUACUGUUGCAAUUUAACCACUUCCUUCAAUUACAACUUUUUCAAUUAAGUCUACCUUAGGAAUGGUUUAUUCACCUGGCCUGACGCUAACAAUUAAUUCAGUAUUAGCAAUACCAGAAAACUCUUUGAUAUCGAUCACUUUUCCUACUAAUUGGGAGAAUUUUUGCUGCUCUGUUAUUGACCCAACAAUAGCAACUCUUUCUUGUGUCUUGACAGGUUUUAUAAAUUCUAGUUGCAUUUCAAGCUCUACUGGUAGUAAUUCUAAGAUAACUAUGACAGUUAUAACAGCUAUAGCUGCAAAUACUAAUUUUGAUAUAAUUAUAAAAGGAGUUAGAGCACCUCCAUCACUAGACAGCUAUGUUAAUAAUUUUUAAAUUUCAGUAACUGAUUCAACAUAGACAAGUUAUAUGUAUAAUUAAUUGAGCACUUAAAUAAAUGCUCUUUCUACACCAAAUACAUUAAGCGUUGUUUCAGGAUCAUUUUCUGCUAGUAUUAUUGUAAAUUAAAUAGCUAGCAGUUAAACUCUUAAUGUAUAGAUAAAUCUUAGUACUCCUGUAACAAAUACAAACUAUUCGAUGGAAUUAGAUCUUCCUUUCAAUUUAGCAACAACUCUUUCAAGUAACUCUGUUAUAGUCGGAAGUGGCAUAUGUAACACAUCUAUUCCUGCUUCUUCCUAUACCAUUACAGCAAUCCCUAGUUCAUCUUCUUACAGAAUCAAGUUCUAAGCUGGGUCAAUAUUUUAAGCAUAUUAAAGCAGUCUAGCUACAUAGUCUUGUACACUUUAAAUUCCGAAAGUCUAGGCAGGACCUUAUGUAAAUUAUAGUGCUCAAGUAGCAGCCCGUACUUAUAAAUCAACUACCAUUCUUAUUGACUAAGGAAGUUAAACAUUUAGCAAUUUUAAUUUAGCUCCUGAUCCUAUUGCUAGACAAGCUUUAACAACUGCUACCUCAUAGGUUGGAGCUUAGGGUAGUUACACAUUUUCUUUCGACAUAAGUGAUCCUUUGAGCUCAAACGCAAUUAUCACUAUUGACUACAGCCAAAAUUCAGUUAUUUCUCUGACUGGCUCUACUUGCACUGUUUCUUGUAGCAGAGGUUGUAAUCCUUCUGCAACUUGUGUGAUUACUCAAAAUAAUAAAGUUAUAACUUUGGGUAGCAUUUUUUAAACAGAUUUUACGAGUGUCUCCUCAACUAAUUAAAUGACAAUAAGUGUUGUUAUUUCUAACGUUCUUAACCCUUUAAGUGUUGUUACUCCUGCUUAAACCAACAAUUUUAUAAUUAAUACCUAUUAUGGCAAUAAUUAGUUAGUACAAAAUACAUAAUUAGGUAUUACUGCAGCUACAUUAUUUAGUAGCUAUACUCCUGUAUCUAUAACAACUUUGGGAAUAAGUGCUUCCAACUCUAUUGUUAGAUAAAAUGUGGGAACAUUAACUGUUUCUUUUACAUUUAGUUAAUUUACUAUUGUAGCUGGUGCUAUUUACACACUAUCUUUUCCAUCAAAUUCAUUCUUAAUGUAAAAUAAUCCUACACCUUUUUAAGCUAUUUGGACUGGAACUAACCAGUAACUUACUCAAACAAAUUGGGAUUAUUUAAAUGGUAAUAUUGUAAUGACGACAUUAUACACUCCAACUGGAACUGUAUCUUUCAGCAUACAAGGAAAUAUUUUAAAUCCUGCACAAACUAAAAAAUAAUAUACAAUCUCUUUAAGAAUUACAGAUGGUAGUGGGUAAGUAUUCAUCCAUUUAUGA